CACAGGUGGAAGUUGAUGCCGACACUACAGCUGCAACUUUGUUUUAUUUUUAUAAUUUGACUUUGCUUGAUGGGAAUGGAGAGAGCUGCCAUGCAUGAUGAGGACAGGAGUGAGCCCCAGCAGGAGAGAAUGAAGUAACUGCCAUGGAGCCGGACAAUGGCCCACACUCCCAACUAAAAGGAGUAGGGGGGAAAGUCCUGAUUCUUUGGAGCAUAUUGUGUUGCACCUUCUCUCUCAGACUGGCACAGGCACAAGAUGUGGACAUUCUCAAGCAGCUGGGUCUCACUGUGCAAAGGACAGGCAGGGGGUCCACACCGUGGAGCGCUGGAUCCGUCCCUAAUGGCGUCAUCCCCUUCAAGUCCGGCAUCAUACUCACCCCCAGGGCGCGUGUCCAGGCGCCUCUGCGCACCGUCAUCCCCGCUUCCUACACCUCCACCACCAACCUCUCGCUGAUCCUCAGCUUGUCCGUUCACCGCAUCAACACAGCCUUCCUCUUCUCAAUUGUGUCCAAGAGAAGGAAAGUCCAGCUGGGUGUGCAGUUCGCACCGGGCCAGGUCCUGGUUCACGUGGGCCACAGGAACUCGGUCACGUUCGACUAUGACGUUCACGACGGCCGGUGGCACAGUCUGGGCUUGGAACUCCGAGGCCCGCAGGUGUCCUUGCACACAUCUUGUGGGAACAAAACCCUCCAUGCAGACUUGCAUACCAAAAAAGUGGAGAUGCUAGAUCCGGAGGGCUCGUUCCUGCUGGGUAAAACCAAUCACGACAUGGUGCCGUUUGAAGGCGCCAUCUGCCAGUUCGAUGUAUACCCGUCGGCAGAGGCAGCUCAUAACUAUUGCGAGUACAUUAAGAAACAAUGCAGAGAAGCCGACACAUACCGGCCUGUUUUGGCACCCCUGCCGUCCCUGGUUAUCGUGAAUCCGAACGUAACACACCCAACUGCUCUGGCACUGACAGAGUUAACACAAAAGCCCCUGAAACCUACUUCAAUACCAGCUCAGGAAUCCUUCUCUGCUCAGGACGAUACAUCUAUGCAAUGGACACCUGAUACUGCUGCGGUCAGUCCAGUGGACCGUGCAGGGUCGGAAACAGUCUUAGAGUCUCCGACCGGAACGACACCCCUUCAGAUAAGUGCCACACCAUCUUCCCAGAAACAAUCUUUCCAAGCAGGAAAUGGCACGAAGCAAAGAGAUGGCAGCUCUUUUGUCGGGAAAGGAUUUACGGAUUUUCCAGUUUCUACAAGACCACCAGAGACCAAUUCUCCUUCCACAUCCGACCUAGUUCAGAAUGAGCACACAGAGGCUCCAAAGAAACCGGAUCCAAAAGUUACACCGGAUGUCAAAACCACAUCAAUGACUCCCACUACCCCUGCAGCCUUAGAUGACUUCCAAACGUUUGACCUGGACCCGACCUACGUCUCCCUGCUGGCGUUGCCCUCUGGGCUUAAGGGAGAACCGGGACUUCCAGGGUUUCAAGGACUUCCAGGAUUGCCGGGAAAUCACGGAAAGAGAGGACCGAGGGGUGCCAUUGGCCCACAUGGAAACCCUGGUGGACCUGGACCUCCUGGAACCAAGGGAGAAAAAGGCGACCCCGGCGUGUCCCGUGGUCUGGCCCCCGAAGGACAGAAAGGACCGCCUGGUGUGGCAGGCCUGGCAGGACCGCCCGGCCCUCACGGGCGAAAGGGACAAAGAGGUCAUCCUGGUCCUGCCGGUCUGCCUGGCGAGCCUGGGGGCCGGGGAGCCCACGGAAGCCCCGGGGUCAAAGGUUAUCCUGGCAGGCAGGGUUUUCCCGGACCUGUAGGCAAACCAGGGCCAAAAGGACUGGAGGGCCACAUUGGCCUGCCUGGGCUCUCUGGUCUUCCUGGUCCUGAUGGAGAGAGAGGAGUUCCUGGUGUUCAUGGGAAGAAGGGCGAGAUGGGUAGGCCGGGCUUUCCUGGAGACUUUGGAGAGAGAGGACCUCCUGGCCCGGACGGCGACCCUGGUGACCUUGGUGCUACUGGGCCAUGUGGAGUCUCCGGUCUCCUUGGCGACAUGGGUCCUGCAGGUGACCUAGGCCUACCAGGACCACCAGGACUCAAGGGAGUCCAGGGAAACCCCGGUGAAGCAGGACUGAAAGGUGAUAAGGGCGAUGUCGGCUUGCCGGGAGAGCCAGGUGAGGCGGGCUUCCAAGGGGACCAGGGCAGUCAGGGCUCACCCGGGCCACCAGGACCUUCUGGAAACCCAGGACUUCAGGGUCAAUCAGGCGACAGAGGCCCUGGUGGUUCAGCCGGCCCCCCCGGCCUGGAGGGCUUCCCAGGGGACAUUGGCCCGCCGGGUCGGAACGGCCCAGAAGGACCAAAGGGGAAGCAAGGGUCGAGAGGUUUGCCUGGUCCACAAGGAACAUCUGGACCACAGGGGGACGAGGGUCCGCUUGGAUCAGCUGGGCCGGCAGGACUUGAGGGCAGGCCUGGGAGGCUAGGAUACCCCGGGAUUACAGGCUUGGACGGACUCAAGGGCCAGACCGGAACACCCGGAGAGGUUGGGAGUCUUGGCGAGAGGGGUCUGCCGGGCUUUAUCGGGGCUGCAGGAGAGAUGGGCCUCGCUGGAGAAAUGGGCGAGCGUGGGACGACAGGCGAGCCUGGGCUUCCAGGAGAAGUGGGGAUGAUGGGUCACAGCGGAAUACCUGGAGAGACCGGACUUCCCGGGACAGAAGGGAUCCCAGGACCUCCAGGCUUGAGGGGAUCGAGUGGAGUCAGAGGACCCAAAGGCACGGAGGGUCCGAGGGGUCCUGAUGGCCGCGUGGGGGACGACGGGACCGGUGGACUGAAGGGCUCUGAUGGUCUGCCAGGAAAUACGGGGCUCCCUGGUGAUGUGGGAAAGUUGGGCGUGCCCGGUGAAGCUGGGCCAAGGGGAUUUCCGGGUGUCCAAGGACCCUCGGGCCCACCAGGAGAUAAAGGAGUUGCUGGGGACACAGGAGCAGCAGGGCCCCCAGGAACCAUCGGUCCUACGGGGGAGAUGGGAACAUCUGGGUUGCCAGGCAAGAUCGGAGAGAAAGGAUUGUCUGGUGAACCUGGAGAGAAGGGUGACAUGGGUGCACCUGGCAACAAAGGAGAGCAGGGUUUACCCGGCCAGAGGGGGGAACAAGGCAUGGAUGUGGAGCCUGGACCAAGUGGACCUGAUGGUAUUAAGGGUGAAAAGGGGGACGCUGGUCUGGAAGGUUCCCAAGGAGAAGCGGGUGAAGUGGGCCAGAAAGGAGAGGAAGGACCCUGUGGGCCUCCAGGUCUGUCAGGAGUGAGGGGUGAAGAGGGUAAAGCAGGAACUUUGGGCCAAGGGGGAAAACCAGGAGACAAGGGGGUCAAAGGUCACCAAGGUCACCUGGGGGAGAGUGGACCAGUGGGCGAGCAGGGGCCGUCAGGGUGUGUUGGACUGAAGGGAGCAAGAGGAACCAUGGGACCGCUGGGUGCUCCUGGAAGAAUGGGCCCACAGGGAAACCCGGGGAUAUCGGGCUAUGAGGGUCACAAAGGACUGCAAGGCUCCCAAGGACCACCUGGACCUAAGGGUGAAAAGGGAGAGCAGGGGGAGGACAGCCUGAUGACAGGCCCACCAGGUCGCCAUGGUGACACAGGUUCUCCUGGUAACAGAGGUGACCGAGGAGAGGCAGGUGACCCAGGAUACAUUGGUCCAGUAGGUGUGGAUGGAGAGAGAGGUCAAGCCGGGGCCUCGGGACUUCCUGGACAUCCUGGUCCCAGAGGACUGAAAGGACUGAAAGGGUCCAAAGGUGAACAAGGUCAGAAAGGAAAGUGUGGGGCGAGAGGAACACCUGGGAGCCAAGCACCACCUGGUCCUGAAGGACCCACUGGCCCACAUGGUGCUGCAGGCAGGCAGGGUCUUGAUGGGCUUUCUGGAAUGGAUGGACUGCCUGGUGAAGAUGGAAGCAAAGGCCCCAAGGGCGAACAGGGACAGGAUGGAGCAGUGGGUUCAGUGGGGGAACCCGGUCUACGUGGUACGAGUGGUGAGACGGGGAUUCCCGGGGACCAGGGCUCCUUCGGUCCAAAGGGUGAAAGUGGUCUACAGGGCCAAACUGGAAAGUCUGGGAGGAGAGGGUCCCUAGGUGGAGUGGGACUGGUGGGACGACAAGGAGUGAGGGGCUCCACAGGACAACCAGGUCAACUUGGAGAACAAGGCUUUCCAGGACUGUUGGGUCUUUUUGGGCCAAAGGGACCCCAAGGAGACCCGGGCCCAGCAGGGAUCCAGGGACCAAAAGGACCCAGAGGAUUGAUAGGUACAGAGGGAGCUUCGGGCCCCGUCGGCAUCAUCGGCCCCAGCGGCCAUCUUGGACUGCAGGGUGACAGAGGAAGUCCGGGGGAAACGGGCUUGCCUGGACCGGGGGGCUCUCCUGGUCCUCGUGGACCACCAGGACCACCAGGUCUCCCCAGUUCUACUCUGUCUCUUACCAGCGAGGCCCUCGGUACUACCCUUCACGUCAUCCUCGAUUCUCACGCCGCUUCGAGGCCAGAGCUCACUUACCAGAAGGUGGACCUUCCCAUGCUGGACCAAAGCACUGAGAUAUUCCGGACUUUGCAGCAUCUCAGCUCUCUGGUCCACAGUCUGAAGAACCCACUGGGGACCCACAACAACCCGGCCCGGAUCUGCAGAGAUCUUUACAACUGCGAGCGGCGAAUGCUGGACGGCACCUACUGGGUGGACCCCAACCUGGGCUGUGCCGCCGACGCCAUGGAGGUGACGUGCAACUUCACGGCCGGAGGACGGACCUGCCUGAGACCUGUCAGCGUGUCCAAGUUGGAGACGGGAGUGGGCCGCAUCCAGAUGAACUUCAUCCACCUGCUGAGCACGGAGGCGGUGCAGCACGUCACCGUCCACUGCCUGAACACGACCGUGUGGGCUGCAGGACCCUCCAUGCAGUUCUACAGCCAGGCUCUGAGAUUCAAGACCUGGUCAGGGGAGACCAUCCAAGCAGGGGAUCUUCUGGAACCACUGGUGCUCAGAGAUGACUGCUGGAUCCAGGAUGGCCGCUGGCGCCAGACCCAGUUCGUGUUUCAGACUCAGGAUCCAAAUCUGCUCCCCAUAGUGGACGUGUCCACCCUGCCCACCGCGGACCCCGGAUCACGGUACCACCUAGAGGUGGGACCGGUGUGCUUCUGGUAGAGCGCGAGCUCACAGGGCCGCGGACUAGAGCGAACCCUCCGGCGACUGGCCCCAAGGAUUACGCUUGGGACUGCAGAAACAGGAGCGGCGAUCAUUAGGGACUCCUGGCACUGACGUGGGAAUCAAAGGAGCAGCGACUUGUUUCACACUCAAGCUCGGAGGAAAAUGAAACAAACAUUUCCUGUUUUUUUCCUCCGUGUUUCCACAAAGACGAUGGAGGAAAUAAUGUCUAAUUUAUAUUUAUAUAAAGUGCAAUACGUGUUACCGAGUGCAUGGUCAUUCAGGUCCCGUGUGCAGCUGCACAAGUCCUCACACUCCCAGACACUACCUCGUACUGGAGCGCCACACACACACACACACACCGGCCACUUUAGGUACCCCCCGGACACUUUUUCCAAGAGCAUAAAAACAUCCAUUUUUGAUGGCCUUACGCAAACGAAAAGGCACCGAUUUUUGCAGUCGGGAUAUUUUAGGGAUCCUGAACCCGGACGUUAAAAAUGGGCUUACUUUGAAAAUGUGCCGUCACGAACCCAUUUAAAAAGUCGGCCCAUUGUAGGCCAAAAACCGGGGUGGUGCUUUCACCAACUCCUCCUCGAGUUGGUGACCGAAUGAGUUGCGUUUAAAAGGGCAGACACUAGACGGAGUGGCGAUGAUAAAAUAACUAAAUAUUUUUUUCCUUCGCCUUCGCCAAACUUUGAUCUGAUGGUUCCCCGCAAAACUUUACACAUGUAUAACUCGACCCCACAAAUUCAGAUCUUGAUCAUAAUUAGUAGAAAUAAUGAUGAUGACACCCUGAAGUACCUAUUGGUACCCAUUGGCAUUGGGCGGAGCCUGGCGACGAAAACUGCUCCUCGCCAUCAACCAUCAAUCAUCAUUUGACAUGAUCAAGAUCUCCUUCCAAAGUGGUAUUUUUAGGUGUUGGUCUGACCAUGACUGACCUUCACACCAACAUUGCCCCCUAGUGGUGGAACAUCACAACAGUCGUAACCUCCUUCAACGUGUUCCUGGGAUGUUUGUGGUGACUCAUGUGAACUUCUAGUGUCACAGGGGUGAGAGGGUCCACCCAGCGCUCCUUGCAGCUUCCACUUUGUCCAUUUUUGUUCUAAAAAAAGCAGACACCAUUGGAGACCUUCUGACCAGACAAUGUCACAGGUUUGAGUUAGUCAAACAUAUCAUGUCAUGCAAACUUACACUCCUUGAACAUCCUUGGAUCAAAAGACCUUCAAAGGGUUAAAAAAAAUACAACAUGUUUGUUAUUUUAUUAAGAAAUUUGUGAAUCAUAAUAUUUGUAAGCCCUUUGAAAAAUGAAGAAGGUGCAUGUCCUGCCAGUGCACCUGUGAAAUCAUUUCUCAUGAGGAAGACAACGUGUACAACCAAAAAUACUGCACAAAUUUACCCAGAUGACAAAAAAGUCAGCCGUUGUUUUAGGGGAAUACAACCUGAUGAAAGAGCUCGAUUUUAAAAAUUAUUAAGAUGAUCAGCUUUUGAUUGACAGU